AUGACCUCCUCAGCUUCUCCGGACGAAAUGAAAGAGACCCCCUCUUCCAAAGAGGGUCGGCUUGACCAUCCGCCCGAUGAAACCAAUGACACCAGCAUCUCUAUAGACAAGGAGACGCAAGAACCCAUCAAAACGGCAUCACUGACCACCUACUUGAGAAUCCUCUCGUAUGGCGCGAGAAAUGGAGGCGUGUUUGCCAUGGUCAUCGGAAUGAUAUGCGCCAUGGGAUCGGGGAUUGCUCUUCCUCUCAUGAACAUCAUCUUCGGUAAGAUCGUUGGGGACUUCAACUCGUAUUCUCUGCCAGACACAGCGGUAAACGAGCACACUUUCCGGUCAUCGAUCAACAAAAGCAGUUUGUACAUCGUAUACUUGUUUAUCGGCAAGUUUGUACUUACCUACAUCGCCAUGAUCUGCUUCCGAAUAAUCAGUCUCUACGCCUCAGCAGCCCUACGACUUGAAUACACCCAGUCGCUAUUCUCGAUGCCCAUCAGUAAAUUAGAUCAGAUCUCGGUAGGCACCGUGAGUAAUGCCAUCACAGCGCAGUCGAACACGAUCCAGCAAAGUGUUUCCGACCGUCUUGCCAUUCUCUUCCAGUCCCUCGCACUGCUAGUUGCGGCAUACGCGAUCGCAUUCCGAUACUCUUGGGCAUUGACACUCGUUGUGAGCUCGGCCAUUCUCUUCGUCGUAAUAUGCUUCUGCUUGACAGUUCCUUUACUCGUUAAAGGCCAGCAAUAUGUCGACGAAGCCGAUAACAAGCAUGCUUCCAUCGCUGCAGAUGCAUUCGGCUCAAUCCGUGCGGUUUUAUCCCUCGGCGCGGAAGGAUCACUCAUCAAAAAACAUUCACAUUGGAUCGAGGAAGCCCGCAGACGCGGAUUGCGGAUGUCGCUGGUGACCGGAACGCAUCUUGCGACUCUUUUCUUCGCCAUGUAUGUCAGCUUUGCACUGGCAUUCUGGUUCGGUCUCAAACUUUACCGGGAGGGACACAUUGCUAAUGUCAACACCGUGAUCACGGUCUUCUUCUCAGUGUUACUAGUAGUCACGGUCAUGGGGGGUAUUGCUUCCCCCCUGAUGGCAAUCUCGAAAGCUAUCAGUGCCUCGGGGGCAUUCUUCGGCGUGAUUGAUUCGGAACCAGCCCCACUGGAUGGCCUGCGCCACCCCGAUGUUACCAGCCAAGCGGACAUAGUCUUCGAGAAUAUCUCAUUCGCAUAUCCCACUCGAUCGGACACUCAAGUUCUAAAAGGAUUCAGUGCGUGCUUCCCACGAGGCAAGACAACGGCACUCGUGGGGCCAUCGGGCUCUGGCAAAAGUACAAUAGUCGCGUUGAUUGAAAGAUGGUAUCGGAUUGAGGCCCAAUCUGAAGACAGCAACGAAAUGAACAGUGGAAGAAUACUCGUGGAUGGUCACAAUAUCAACGACUUGGACGUGAGAUGGUGGCGGUCUCAGGUGGGCUUGGUCCAACAAGAGCCGUUUCUCUUCAACGACACCAUCUACAAAAAUAUUUCCUACGGACUGAUAGGGUCUAAAUGGGAGAAUGAGUCUGAGGAUACGAAGCUGGAGAUGGUCUCCACAGCUUGCAGAGAAGCAUAUGCAGACGAGUUUAUCGAACGACUGCCAGAUCGUUACUCUACAAUGGUCGGCGAAGGUGGAAUUACCCUGAGUGGCGGCCAGCGGCAGAGACUCGCCAUCGCCCGGAGCAUUGUUGGCCAACCUCCCAUACUAGUACUGGACGAAGCGACUAGCUCAAUCGACGUGCGCGGUGAAAAGAUUGUACAGGCUGCAUUAGAUCGGGUCUCCAAAGACCGCACCACGAUCAUGAUCGCUCAUCGUUUAUCGACAGUCCGUCGAGCGGACAAUAUCGUUGUCAUGAAAGAUGGAGCAUGUGUGGAACAAGGAUCUCACCAAGAGUUGAUGGACCGCGGUGCUGUCUACCACAGCUUGGUCAAUGCUCAACAACUGGAGCCCCUGGAUGAUGAUUUUGACAAAGGCUCAGAAGAAUUACUCAUCUCCCAAAAAGAAGAAAUCCAACCGCACGAUUACCCAGUGGAUGGGGAAGAAGAAGAUGAGGAAACACCACGGACUAUAAAGAAGACCAAGUCCAAGGGGUUGCUACGCAGCUUGGGCCGUGUCUUCUAUGAGCACCGCAGUCAUUGGAUCCUUUACGUGUUGACUAUUGUGUCUGCGAUUGGGGCUGGAUCUGGAUACGCACUGCAAAGUUGGCUGUUUGCCCAGUUGAUACAGGUUUUCCAGUUUACAGGUCAGAAGUUGGUAGAUAAGGCUAAUUUCUGGGCUUUGAUGUUCUUCGUCCUUGCUAUUGCGAUGUCUACCUUCUACUUCUUGCUGGGGACAUCUGCCAACACAAUGUCCAUGCAUGUCGGAUCCAGCUACCGCAAGGACUACUUUGCCAAUACUUUGAAGAAGCCAGUUUCCUUCUACGAUCGCGAGGAAAAUUCUUCGGGUUCAUUGAUAUCACGACUUUCUAUAGACCCCAAACAGAUCCAGGACCUGCUCGGCCCGAUGGGAGUGUUUCCACUUAUUUCAAUCUUCAAUGUGAUUGGAUGUGUGGCCAUCUCAUUUUCAUUUGGCUGGAAGCUAGCAGCAGUUACGUUUUUCGGAGCGAUGCCCUUCAUACUUUUUGCGGCGUUCAUGCGACUCCGAUAUGAAACGCAUUUCGAGUCGAUGAACGCGGAAGUUUACGCAGAUAGCUCCAAAUUUGCGACCGAAGCAAUCAGGGCAUUCCGCACAGUGUCAGCUCUCACCAUGGAGAAGACCAUUAUCGAUCGAUAUUCAGGUUUGUUGAAAGAGCAGAGAAACAAAGCUUUCCGCAAAUCGUGGUAUGCAACUUUGAUCUUCGCAUUUUCCGACAGUGUUGAGCUUUGUGCUAUGGCCCUGACCUUCUGGUAUGGCGGACGACUGCUAGCCUCUCGCGAGUACGACCCGGUAGCAUUCUUUGUCGUAUACAUUGCCAUUAUCCAGGGCGGCCAAGCCGCUGGCCAAUUUCUCUCCUUUGGACCCAAUGUCGCGCAAGCAAAAGCCUCCGCAAACCGUUUGUUCGCUGCCCGAGAGCCCUCUGAAGGCCAGCUUGAGAGUCCCGUUGCCGAGCCGAUGCCCAAAGACCUUCGCCCCUCGGUCGAGUUGCGGGGUGUCUCGUUUGGCUACGAAUCCCGCAACAUUACCACUUUCGCGAACCUCGAUAUUUCUAUCGAAAGUGGUCAAUUUGUCGCCUUCGUUGGCCCCUCCGGCUGUGGUAAGUCCACAGUGAUCUCCCUCCUAGAACGGUUCUACGACCCUACCAGCGGCAGUAUUCUAUUUGGCGGAAGAGACAUAUCAUCCAUCCAAAAGUCCUCCUACAGAAAGGCAUUAUCACUGGUAGCACAGGAGCCAAAGUUAUUCGAAGGCAGCAUCCGCGAUAACUUGCUCCUCGGAAUCGAAGACAAAGAAGAUGCACAGACAGAGGAACGCAUGAUCCAGGCAUGCAAGGACGCUGAAAUCCACGACUUUAUAACAUCUCUCCCAGAUGGGUACCUAACUGAACUUGGCGUCAAUGCUCAGACUUCCCUCAGCGGAGGCCAAAAGCAGCGACUGUGCAUUGCUCGAGCGCUGAUCCGGAAACCACUUCUUCUCCUGCUGGACGAGGCUACUUCCAGUCUAGAUUCCCAUUCUGAAAAGCUUGUCCAGGAAGCCAUGGAGCGCCUGGCAGGCAAGAAAAAUAUGACUAUCAUCGCCGUGGCGCAUCGUCUGGCGACAAUUCAAAAAGCAGAUGUAAUUUUCGUCUUCGGCGAGGGUGCCAGAGGUCGAGGAUCGAAGAUUCUUGAGAAAGGUUCACAUCAUGAAUUGCUACGCAACAAGGGACCCUACUGGCAGAUGUGUCAAGCCCAAGCCCUGGAUCGGUAG